AGAGAGAGAUAGGACUUCCUCCUCGAUUCGCAAAGUGAAGUCACUUCCCAAAAUUAGCUGAAAAAAAGUUUCAUCCGGUUAACUGUCUCUUUUUCGCUCCGCUACAACAACAAACGUGCACAGGGGAGCGAGGGCAGGGCGCUCGUGGGGGGCACGCAGGGAGGGCCCAGGGCGCCAGGGAGGCCGCGCCGGGCUAAUCCGAAGGGGCUGCGAGGUCAGGCUGCAACCGGGUCAAUGUGUGGAAUAUUGGGGGGCUCGGCUGCAGACUUGGCCAAAUGGACGGGACUAUUAAGGGGCUGCCACAGACUCAUGGAAUGCCAUUUCCAGAAAGAUCUGAGGAACUGUCUAGGAGCACCCUUGCUGCCCAGGUGAGAGUACUGAGGUCAUACCUCUCAACGGUGUCAGAUCUAGAAGCGGACUUCCCCUUCCUGCCUGCUUCUCGGUGGUUCUCCUGAGGCUCUGUCGGUGGUGAGCGACGACCAGUCCCUCUUCGACUCUGCCUACGGAGCGGCGGCCCACCUCCCCAAGGCCGACAUGACCGCCUCAGGGAGCCCUGACUAUGGCCAGCCCCACAAAAUCAACCCCCUCCCGCCGCAGCAGGAGUGGAUUAAUCAGCCGGUGAGGGUCAAUGUCAAGCGGGAGUAUGACCACAUGAAUGGAUCCAGGGAGUCUCCGGUGGACUGCAGUGUUAGCAAAUGCGGGAAGCUAGUUGGUGGAAGCGAGUCCAACGCCAUGAACUACAACAGCUACAUGGACGAGAAGAACGGCCCCCCUCCUCCCAACAUGACCACCAACGAGAGGAGGGUCAUCGUCCCCGCAGACCCCACGCUGUGGACUCAGGAGCACGUGCGGCAGUGGCUGGAGUGGGCAAUAAAGGAGUAUGGCUUGAUGGAGAUCGACACGUCCUUUUUCCAGAACAUGGAUGGCAAGGAACUGUGUAAAAUGAACAAAGAGGACUUCCUCCGAGCCACCUCCCUCUACAACACCGAAGUGCUGCUGUCACAUCUCAGUUAUCUCAGGGAAAGUUCACUGUUGGCCUAUAACACAACCUCCCACACAGACCAAUCCUCGCGACUGAGUGUCAAAGAAGACCCUUCUUAUGACUCAGUAAGGAGAGGAGGAUGGGGCAAUAACAUGAAUUCUGGCCUCAACAAAAGUCCCCCACUUGCAGGAGCACAAGCAAUUAACAAGAAUACUGAACAACGGCCCCAACCAGAUCCAUAUCAGAUCCUGGGCCCGACCAGCAGUCGCCUAGCCAACCCCGGAAGCGGGCAGAUCCAGCUGUGGCAGUUCCUCCUCGAGCUACUCUCAGACAGCGCCAACGCCAGCUGUAUCACUUGGGAGGGGACCAACGGGGAGUUCAAAAUGACGGACCCCGAUGAGGUGGCCCGGCGCUGGGGAGAGCGGAAAAGCAAGCCCAACAUGAAUUAUGACAAGCUAAGCCGGGCCCUCAGAUACUACUAUGAUAAAAACAUUAUGACCAAAGUGCACGGCAAGAGGUAUGCCUACAAAUUUGACUUCCACGGCAUUGCGCAGGCUCUGCAGCCACAUCCCACGGAGUCGUCCAUGUACAAGUACCCUUCUGACAUCUCCUACAUGCCCUCCUACCAUGCCCAUCAACAGAAGGUGAACUUUGUCCCUCCCCACCCGACCUCCAUGCCAGUCACGUCUUCUAGCUUCUUCGGAGCAGCGUCACAAUACUGGACCUCCCCCACAGGUGGGAUUUACCCCAACCCCAAUGUCCCCCGCCAUCCCAACACCCACGUGCCCUCACACUUAGGCAGCUACUACUAGAAGCUUAAUCAUCGGUGGUCUUCUACCUGAAGCCCCCCACUCCUCACACUUCCUGGGAUACUUUGGACUCCAAAGGACAUACGUGGCUUUGAAGAGAAAAACAAAACUGGAUGUUCUUUCUUGUUGGAUAGAACGUUUGUUGUUUGAAAACAAUCCUUUUUUUUUUUUUUUUUAAUGUUGGUUAACUUCCGCUUCCUCUACCUUGAACAAAGAGAUGGCUGAUUUUCUGGGCCAGUACACCAGUUUGGAAUCUCAACCUGCUAUCCUCUUCUGAGUUGAAUAUUUCGAUUACUGGAAUGGUUGUAUCAUGGUUCUAGGAAAGAAACUGUACAUUUUCUUUAUAUUUUUAUGACCAAAGCAGUUUCUUAUCAACACACGGGUCUCAUCAUGGAUCUUGUAGGGUUCAGUAUGAUAAAAAAAAUAAUCAUGGACUUAACCAGUUAAUGCUCUGGCUGGAGACUGAGAGAAAAUAGAGGCAGGAAGCUUAUAACCUUAUUGUAGGAGAACCUGAUUCAGUGGAUGGCAACUGGAACAUUGGUUGUAAGGCCAGUGAAGUUUUCACCCAACUGGAAUUUAAAAGAAAGAACAUGUGUGUGUGUAUUUAAGAAGCCGUGGGCAUUGCAAAAUCCCUCCCAGUGGGCAGUAUGUGCUAGGCUGACCAUCUCUCUGGAAAUAAUCAAGAUAUGAACUUAAGAAAUGUUAAUGCAAAUGCAGACAUUACUGAAAGACAGAGAAUUAAAUAAUUUUUUUUUUUUUAAGUAAUGACAGUGGGUCCCAGAACUUUGAAAAGUCAUAGGGAUUUCUGAACACAAGCAGAUUCGCAAGCGCUGUGCGUUUGUCCGACCACCGGUCCAGGGUCAACCAAUCAGAAGGCAACUUACUGUAUAAAUUAUGCAGAGUUAUUUUCCUAUAUCUCACAGUAUUAAAAAUAGAUAAUUAAAAAAAAGUAAAAAUAAAUAAACGAGUUGACCUCGGUCACAAAGACAAUUUUACUAUCAAAUCAGUCGUUAUUUUUUUAAAUGUAGUUUGUACAUCUUUUGUCAAUCUGUACAUUUGGGCUGUUUGUACGUUUUUAUAGCUGGUUUUUAAAAAACAUAAUGUGACUAUUGCUAAAAAGAAAACAGGACGUUUGAGUCACUGACUUUACUAGAAAGAGAAGCACCAUGCAGUAUUUAACGGGCGUGCACAAGGAGGUGAAGGUGAACCAUUCAAAUUGUUAAUGCUUUGGAAAUGUUUGUAAAUAACCAUAAUGCAAUAAUCACAACUUUGAAAAGAACAAGCAAACUUUCCCUUGUGGAUACGAGGGAUUUUCCUGCCCUAUAUAUGCAAUAUAUUUUUUAGAUAUUAAAAUAUAUAUAAUUUUGCAGGUAAUCAUUGACUUUUUUAAAACUAUAUUAAGUGUUAAGCUGACAACUGUCAAUGAAGACUAUGUUGUAAAAUAAUUUGACUAAAUAAAUUGUGCCUUCUUCUCUCAGAACUGA